CCUUUUGUCCGCGGAUUUCCCGGGUUAACACGGACACGCCACACUCUGACCACAGCUCACAUUCCACUGCUCCCACUCAAAGCCUACCUUACCACCUCGGCUUUAGCGCCCAUCUCAAAGCCGUCGUCUUGCCUCUCUCCCCCCCACCUCACCUGCCUCCCAUGAUCUCCUCCGUCGGUGCAAGUGCAACAAUGGCUUCCUCCUCCGCUGCUCCGAUCCUGCUGCUGGAGCUGGCCGCCGCGGUGCUGCUCGUGCUCCAACGAGUGGCUGCCGCGGACGCGGUGGUCACCACAUUCCCCGGGGACGCCGCGGCGCUCGCGUCGCUGAAAUCGGCCGUGGACGCCGCCACCGUGCCGGCCUACUCCUGCCUCGCGUCGUGGGACUUCGCCCGCGACCCCUGCGCCGCUUUCCCGUGCGGCGUCCGCUGCUACGCGCCGCCCAACUCCUCCUCCUACCACCGAGUCACCGGCGUGUCGCUCGACCCGGCGGGGUACUCCGGCACGCUCCCCGCCACGGUCCUCGCCUCGCUCCCUUUCCUCGCGUUCCUCUCCCUCGCCAGCAACCGCUUCCACGGCGCGCUCCCGGCGGGGUCCCCGCUGCCGCCGAGCCUCCGCGUCCUCGACCUCUCCGGGAACGCCUUCUCCGGCGAGAUACCGGCGUCGCUCUUCACCCCGGCGUCGUCUCUCGAGGAGCUCUACCUCUCCCGCAACGCGCUCACCGGCGCCAUCCCGCCGCAGGUCGCGUCGCUGGGCUCCCUGAAACGGAUGGAGCUGCAGCACAACGGCCUCACCGGGACCCUGCCGCGGAUGGACGCGAUGCGCUCGCUCGCCUACCUCGACCUGAGCGGCAACGCGCUGUCCGGCUCGCUCCUCGACGCGCCCGGGCGGCUGCCGGGCUCGCUCGUCUCCGUCGUGGCGCGCGGCAACGGCUUCGCGGGGCCGCUGCAGGCCGCGGCGCUGGCCGCCCUGCCCGCGAUGCGGGUGCUCGACCUCACGGGCAAUGCGGUGUCCGGCGCGGUCCCAGGCGCCGCGUUCGCGCACCCGUCGCUGCAGCAACUGCGGCUGGGGUCCAACAAGCUCGGCGCCGUCGAGGAGGCGCCCGACGGCGGCGCGUCGAGCCAGCUCGUCGAGCUGGACCUCGGCGGGAACAGGCUGACCGGGCGGCUGCCUGGAUGCGUCGCGGCGAUGCCGCGGCUCGCGGUGGUCGGGCUUGACCGGAACAUGUUCGCCGGCGGCAUACCGGAUCAGUACGCGGCUCGGGCCGCGGCGGACGGGCCCACGGACAAGUGGGUCCCAUUUGUCAGGCUCAUGCUGCAGGGGAACUUUCUCUGUGGGGCCCUGCCGAGCCAGCUGAGGCAGCUGAAGGAGGACGGCGCGGUGGUGAGUUUGGCGGACAAUUGCUUGCCAAAGUGUCCACACCAGUUCUCCUUCUGCCGUGGGGCCCCGCAGAAAAGCAACGCCACGUGUCCCAAGUGCUUUCCGUGAAAUAUUGUGUUCUUUCUUUAAUACUCACUCCGUCCCGUCCCAUAAAAAGAGUUUUCCGUUUUAUUUAAAAAAUUUAUAAAAAAAAUUAAAAAUACAAGUCACGCAUAAAAUAUUAAUCAUGUUUUAUCAUCUAACAACAAUAAAAAUACGAAUUAUAAAAAGUUUUCAUAUAAGACGGACAGUUAAAGUUGGACAUGAAAAAUUCAGAGUUUACUUUUUUUUUGACGAAGGGAGUACGUACUAAGUGUCUGUAGAUAGAUAACGACUUUAAUUCCGGUGUGUGUUUACUUUCGAUAUUUCGAAAGGAAAUAAUAAAUGUAAUAAUGUGGAAAUGUGCUAACUCUUUUGAACAGUGAGUUUACAAAGUUCCUCACCUUUUCUCUUGCACUAUUUAUACCCAGGGGCGGAUCUAAUGUGGGUGCGGAGGGGACUCGAGUCCCCCCUACACCCACAAGACCCAUGGAUAUCUAUCGGAGCACCCUUUCAAUUUUUUCACCAUAAAUGAUAAACUAAAUGUUUCUAAAUGGCUGUAGGUUGAAGAAACCGUGUAAUUGAGUCCCUUCAAUUUAUUUUUUC